UGCUCGCUGUCGAGCCAGAUGACCUGAUGCCUGGUGACCCGAUGCCCGCUGUCGUGCCUGAUGACUCGGUGCCCACUGUCUUGCCAGAUGACUCGGUGCCUGCUGUCGAGCCAGAUGACCUGAUGCCUGGUGACCCGAUGCCCGCUGUCGAGCCAGAUGAUCCAAUGCCUGAUGACCCAGUGCCCGCUGUCAUGCCUGGUGACCCGAUGCCCGCUGUCGUGCCUGAUGACCCGAUGCCCGCUGUCGUGCCAGAUGAUCUAAUGCCUGAUGACCCGGUACCCGCUGUCGAGCCAGAUGACCUGAUGCCAGGUGACCCGAUGCCCGCUGUCGAGCCAGAUGACCCGAUGCCCCUGCUGUCGAGCCAGAUGACCCGAUGCCCGCUGUCGAGCCAGAUGACCCGAUGCCUGAUGACCCAGUGCCCACUGUCGUAUAACCCGGUGCCCGCUGUCGAGCAAGACGAUCCAAUGUCUGAUGACCCGGUGCCCGCUGUCGUACCUGGUAAUCCGAUGCCCGCUGUCGAGCCAGAUGAC